AUGGUAGAGCGCUCGCUUAGCAUGCGAGAGAGGCACGCCGCCGCGCCCUUUCUCCGCCUGCGCCUUGGGCGAGGGUUCAGCGUGCCGUCCGAUUGGCUGGAGCGGCGGCACUCGCAUUCCGAGCGCUGCCAUUGGGCGGCUGCGGGCGGCACUCGGAAGGAUGAAUGCCAGACACCCCAGCGGUCCCGGGUUCGAGGGGUGACCAGUUACGACAGCGGCAUCGCUAGCCUCUCUGCCAACAGCUGCAGUGCCACCCGGCUGGACGAGCCGGACAGCGUCUGUCUGGACUUCGACGGCCUGUCCCUGGACAGCAGCGCCGGUGCCGAGGGCGUGCGCUACUCCAUCUGGGUCUCCUUCUUCGAGAUCUACAACGAGUUCCUGUACGACCUGCUCAACACGCCGCCCGGCCAGCUCCGCAAGAGGGCCACCCUGAGGCUGUGCGACGACCGCCACGGGAACCCCUACGUCAAGGACCUGACCUGGGUGAACGUGCGCAGCGCGGAGGAGGCGUGGCGCGUGCUGCAGGUCGGCCGCAGGAACCAGAGCUUCGCCAGCACCCACCUGAACCAGACCUCCAGCCGCAGUCACAGCAUCUUCUCUAUCCGAAUCCUGCACAUCAACCCGGACGCCCCGGAUGGACAGGGAGCGCGGAUCAGCGAGCUGUCCCUGUGUGACCUGGCGGGGUCGGAGCGCUGUAAGGAGCAGCGCUGUGGGGAGAGGAUGAAGGAGGCCAACAACAUCAACACCUCCCUGCACACGCUGGGGCGCUGCAUCGCCGCCCUGCGGCACAACCAGGCCCACAGGUCAAAGCCUCCGAAGGUGGUCCCGUUCCGGGACAGCAAGCUGACCCGCGUCUUCCAGUCCUUCUUCUGCGGCCGCGGGCGCUCCUGCAUGAUCGUCAACAUCAACCCCUGCGCCUCCACCUACGACGAGACGCUGCAGGCGCUGAAGUUCUCCGCCAUCGCGACGCAGCUUGUCCACGCCCCCCCCACCAGGACCAGAGUGGCCUACAUCCAGUCGCUGCUGAGGGAGCACGGGAUGAAGAUCAAUGAGAGCAAGUGCGAGGAGGAGGGCGGGGCGACGGAAGAGGAGAGCGAGGAGGAGGAGGAGGAGGAGGAGAUCGCUAUGUUCGACACGAAGGCACUGCUGCGCGCGGUGGAGGUGCUGAAGCAGACGCUGCUGGGCGAGAGGAGAGAGAGGGCUGCGCUGGAGGCCAACAUCCGGGAGCAGGUGGUGUCCGAGAUGAUGGAGCUCCUGAACCGCAGGGAGGAGGACUUCAGGUACCGGGAGAGGGGAGGACUUCGGAGAGAGGAGGACUUCAGGUAG